AUGGACAAAAAAAUUGCUAAACUAUGGAAGCUCCCCCCGGAGUUUGAAGUUUUCAACAAUAGUACAAAGAUCAAUAGGAAAAAGACCAAAUGGUUAGCCCCAAACCCCCAUUGGUACAAAUUGAACUUUGAUGGGUCUACCCAAAAUGCCUGCCAAGCUGGAGGUGGAGUCAUCUGUGACCACCAGGGGAAUACUGUUGCAACCUAUGAGGGCAACCUAAAGAACCAUACUGUCACUCAAGCUGAGGGAAUGGCUCUCCUCUGGGGUCUGAGAUUUUCUACUACUAUUGGCAUCAAACAUCUGGAAACUGACGGCAACUCGCAGAUCAUUAUGGAAGCAGUUAGGGGUAGAUUUGUUGCUGGGUGGAAAGUGGAUUUCAUUUUGAGGGAUGCUAGGAUGCUUCUGACUAACCUUGAUGGUUUCAGCAUCUGCCACAUCUUCAGAGAAGGGAAUGUUGUUGUUGACUCUAUGGUUGCGGUGGGAAGGCUGCAAAAUGGCUUACGAUGCUGGAGGAACCUCGAUUUGCUGCCAAUGAUCACCAAGGAGAUCUUGGAGACCGAAAAAACCAAGUCUAAUGAUGAACGCGUAUAA